UUGCGAGGAAAGCAGAAUGUUUCGUGUGCAGUGGCAGCAGCGGCAACAUGACGGUGACAACCCCUACCAUAACAGCGUGGCUGCAUCAGAUCCCACCACGAGACCUCCUCCCGUUCCGUAGCAUAUAGGCCGUCGCGGGGGUUCAACCGCUCCCAAAUGGAAAGCUAACAGCAUCGCCAAAAGGCACCUAGCCUCCGGUGACGACAACAACCCGUGCGCAUGUGAACUGCGAUCAAUAGGAGGAGGAGGCCCGGUCUCCUUUGCUUAAAGGGGUAGUCCAUCACUUCCAUAAGUCAUCAUGGUUCGCAUCAGUGUGUUGGCCGAUGCCCUGAAAUGCAUCAACAACGCGGAGAAGCGCGGCAAGCGCCAGGUGCUGAUCCGGCCGAACUCGAAGGUCGUGAUCAAGUUCCUGACCGUGAUGAUGAAGCACGGUUACAUCGGCGAGUUCGAGAUCGUGGAUGAUCAUCGCAGCGGCAAGGUCGUGGUCAACCUGACCGGUCGCCUCAACAAGGCCGGCAUCAUCUCGCCCCGCUUCGAUGUCAAACUGCAUGAUAUCGAGCGCUGGACCAACGAUCUGCUGCCGUCGCGUCAGUUCGGUUACGUGGUUCUCACCACCAGCGGUGGCAUCAUGGAUCACGAGGAGGCUCGCCGGAAACAUCUGGGAGGCAAAAUCCUUGGCUAUUUCUUCUAGAGCUGCCGCUCCACUAGAAAAAGAGGGAGGGAGAGAGAUCAAAGAGAGAGAGAGAAACAAAAAAAAUGUCCAGCAGUAAUUAGCCUCUAUUAAUAUCGGCUAAAUACAUAACACUGGCCACUGUUCCAAAAACA